AUGUUCAAUUUCGUUGUUCUCCCCAUCGCCCUUGCUUCGUUUGUCGUCGCCCAGUCCGCCAGCAACCCGGCGUUGGAAGUCGAGGCCAUUAAGGCGCACUUCCAGCAAGCGGGCAUCGUGCCCGCGGGCAUUCCAUCCUUCGACCCGAGUGCCGUUCUUGUAGCUGAUUAUGCGGGCGUCGGAGGCGCUAGCCCAGGCCAAGCAUUGACCAGAGCUCAGGUCGGACCUGCUCCAGCUAUCACUGUUACUCCAGCGAACAGCUCGGUUUCUUUGUCGGGACCCUUCACAUUGGCCAUGGUCGACUUUGGCGCUGUUGGCUCAGACCAGUCCGCAGGCGUUACCCGUCAUUGGCUGGUCAACGGUGUUACCAUCGACAACAACGCGGUGUCUAACGCGUCCGCGAUUGCCAUCACCCAGUAUGCCGGUCCCGCCCCUCCUGCAGGCAGCGGCCCCCACCGUUAUGCGUUCCUCCUUUUCGCUCAGCCUGAAUCAUUCGCCCCGCCCGCUGACUUCUCCCAGCCGAACAUUGGUGUCUCUCUCUUCGACAUCAACGCGUACGCAAGAGAUAGUGGCCUUGGAGCAAUCGUAGCUGGAAACUACAUUACCGUUGAGGAGGGAACUGCUACUGCCUCCCUCUCUGCCACCAGUGCUGUAGAAACCUCCACUCUCGCCCCUGUUUCCACUUCGUCGGGAGCUUCCAGUGGUGGAUCGUCUUCCACCAGAAGUUCGAGCAGCCCGGCCUCUACGUCUACUGCCCCUGGCGGCGGCAACGCCAACCAGAAUGGAGCAGCCGCAUUCACGACUUCACUUGGCUGGUUGGCGUCAUCCGUCGCGGCCUUUGUUGUCUUCGCUUAG